AUGGAAUUUUUAGAUUUGCCUUUUGUGGGUCAUUCGAAUGAUCGACAAGGAAGGGUUUUUAUACCCACAGGUUCCAAAUUGGCCGCUGAAUUUCGAAAAAAUAAAGCAACACCACCAACCGCUUUGAAAGUUUGUACCGCAGUGUUUUCUUCCGCUUCGUUACGUCAACAAACAGACACCCAAAUGGAUGCCCCGCAUCUCCCUUUAGCCAUUGAGAGUAGCGAAAUUCCGAUCACUUCUUCCAUUUAUCAUAAGAAACCGGUUGGUGAUGCGUUUAAGGGCAAAUCGGCUGUUUAUAAGGAGAAAAUUCAACAAAUUGAAUCAUUUCUUUCGGUAAAUUGCGCACGGCAUGUAGCCGAGCCACAACGGGGGAAUAAUAUAAGAAAAGCCUUGGAUGAUUUGAGUCGAUUGGAGCCUUCAAUUUCAGGUAUUCUUUUAUCCGUAAGGCGAUAUUUGAAUGAAUGGUUGACGACAACGGAGUCUACACAAGAAUCUCUGCGGUCAGAAAUACGUCAUGUAGAAGAACGUACUUUUAAGAAAUGUGAGGAAAUUUUUGAAAAUCGAUUUCUUCAACUUUUAAAAGAUAAAAGAAAAGCAGAGGCAACUAUAAAAUCCUUACGUGAUGAAGUCCUGAAAUUGAGAAUAGAGCGAGAUGUCACUUUAAUGAAAGCAAAGGAAGAUGUUAUGAUUCGUUUAAAUGAUUGUGAAAGGAAGGAGGAUGAAUUUCGUUCAUUUCGAAAACUUAUAUCAUCCGUUUUUAAAACAAAUGAGGGUCUUGUGAAUCGCGUGGAAGACUUGGAGGCACUUCUUCGAAAACACCGUAUUGAAAUACCACGAGUAAACGACGAUUUAUAUGCAUACAACAAACCGAGAGGCGAGGCCAAAUCUUCCAAGCGGGAUUCGGAUGGGGUUAAGAAGAUUGGAGAUCAGGUGUCUUUAGAGUUUAUGUAUGCAUCAAGAGAGGAGAUGAAUCUUGCCCGUCUUUCUUUGCAAAGAGAACUAUUAAAUAGCGCGUUUGAUGAUAGAACAGCUUAUCGACUUCAAGUGAAUGGUUUGCGUCAUGAGAAUUCUGAUCUUCAAACACAAAUUGAUGCAUUACAAAAUCAAAUUAUAGGUCUUGAACGAUAUAUUCAUGAGAAACGUUUUCUAUUUUCAACAACAGAUGGUGAUGAAGCACCAUUAACUCCAAGGCCGCGGGAUGUACCAUUUACCAUUCAGACCGAUCUUGGAAUUGACUUGAGGAACAGUACGGCACGAAUUGUGGUGGAACUUGCAGCAUUGGGAACAAAUCUUAAACAUCAAUUAAAUUCGGCUGUGAUGACUCUUCGCCAGUUAUCUUCUGCAGUGGACUGGAUGGAAGAUGAAACCAUGUUAAAAAUUGCGGAUGAAGCAAACGUUCGAGGUGCUCUUCCAACGUUUCCAACUUCCGCAUGGGCAAAUAUUCCUCAUUUUUUACGUACGCAUGUUGAACCUGAUGUUCCUAAUCUUCGAUGGUCUGAAACGGAUAUUGCCUUUUUGUUAUUUGGCCUUUUUUCUAAUUAUUCCUCAUUGAAAGCGGCAUGUCGUACUACCCGUGACUCGAAGAUGCUUGCACCUCGUCAAUAUAAGUUAUUUGAACGUUGUGAGAAUCCAAUGGUGCGAUUGGAUGCUUCUUUAAAUGAGCUACAAAGGGAUGAGAAUAGUGUUCCUUUUGGCUAUGUAGUAUCUUACUUUGUUUCCAAUGUACUUUUGGUAAAUGUGGCAGAUUCUCCUUAUUCCUCAUUAAUUCAACCUGGGACUCUCAAUCCAUCCUUUUCAAUUGAUGGGAAAAAUGCUUCUGUUGAAAUGGAAUUAACAAAAUACUCCUAUAAUAUAUGGUAUGCCGCUCAACGAUACAAGGAACAACAGCCAUUAUGUCGUUUAUUUGCGGACGUGGUGGAUGGACGAUUACCAGUAGAAAUUUUUGAUGUUAUGAAGCAUGUCUUGCGUAUUGUGGAGGCUCGUAUUCGUAAAUUUGACACAGACGGAAGCGGUUCCUUCACAUAUAAUAAGUUGGUGAGCUCGGUACUUAAACUUGUGGCAGAUAUGGAUGUGCAAGUUGGGCGUUGUGCAAUUCUUGCUGUAAUGGAAACAUUCAAAGCAAAUCAGACGCCGUUGGUAGGUGGAAGAAUAUUUCUUCCAUCUAUUUUUGCAGAUGAAUCCGCUCCGAAAAAAAAAGAUGCUCCUCGAAAUACCAGCAAUCGUUCAGCUGUGAGUACGCGUUCUACACGGAGUUAUAUAGAUAGGGAACCUCAAGGUGCCUCUGUGUUUACCCGUUUUUGGCGUAGGUUGGUCAUUCAACGCUAUGAACGGGUGUAUAGUCUCAUGGAGAGGAUUCUUGGGCCUCUUGUUUUAGAAAGUAAGGUGGUCAUUGGUCUGUUUUUGUUACCCAUUCCAAGUGCCUUCCAGGCUGUGAGGGAUUUUGAUACGCAAUGUGGGAAUAUGACGGAGGAAGAGUUUAACUUAAAGUACCCUCUACUUUCAGAGAAGACGAUUUCAGUGGGGGGGAAAUCUGUUCUUACAUCGGGGGUAAAGGGAGACGUUUCACGUUGUACCGACGAAUAUGAAAAACUUUUAACCAGAAACAAAACCACACUGCGAUAUAUUAUUUCACUGGAGGAGGUUUUAAAUACGACGUUGGGGUCGGUGUCACUUCUCAGUCGUUCAAUGCAUUUUCCAGCGCAUGAAGAGGAGAGAUCGGAACCAGAGGAGAAAUCCACGGAUGUUCCUGUUCUUGAGAAGCCAAUAAAUUCACCGGUGAAUACGGCGGGGUUGAAGAAAGAAUUCUCUCCGAAAAGAAAACGGGGCAAAACAAAAGUCAAUGCGAAGUCAAAGGCAAAAGUAGGAACUCCGUAUGGAAAGAAGGAACCCGUUCAAGAAAAAUCCGUUUUGGAAGAACCCGUUCGAGACAUUAUACCGUCUGAAAUGACAGUGCGUUCUGAUAAGGAGAUGGCAGAGUGGUAUGGUUUUUGUGCCACCCUUCGGCAAUCAGUUCUCAAGUUUCCUGAAGCCAUUUUUUCAGAUGGAAUCUUUCAGGGAGAGCGUGUCCAUUUUUCAGGAAGAUCCACCGAUGUUUCUGGAUCUUUUGACGAGGAGCUCUCGGCCGACAAGUCAUCUUAA